AUGUCUGCAGCCCAGUUCCAAGACAAGGUCAUUGCCCUCACUGGCGCCGCCCAGGGUAUGGGGCUGGCAACGGCCAUCCUGCUCGCAUCCCGCGGUGCGUCCCUCAGCAUCGCCGACAUCCAGGCUUCGACGCUCGACAGCGCCAAGGAGAAGAUCCAGUCACAGGUGCCCGGAGCGCAGGUGCACACAUUUGCUCUUGAUGUUCGUAAGGAAGAGGCCGUGGAGGCGUGGGUAAAGGAGGCGGUGGCCAAGUAUGGGCGGCUGGACGGAGCUGCGAACCUAGCGGGGGUGGUGCCCAAGACAAUCCACAGCGACUCCGGGUCCGUUGAGAAGAUGAGCGCGAACGACUGGGACUUCAUCAUGGACGUCAACGCCAAGGGGCUGAUGUUCUGCAUGAAGCAUCAGCUGCGGCAGCUGGGCGAGGGCGGCAGCGUCGUCAACGUCAGCUCCAUCGCGGGCGUGACGGGUCGGUCAAAUAACGGCUCGUAUGCGGCGAGCAAGCACGCGGUCAUCGGGCUGACCAAGUCUGCGGCGAAGGAGGUUGGGCCUCGAGGAGUGCGCGUGAAUGCCAUCUGCCCUGGCCGAAUCGCGACGCCAAUGCUUGCGCAGGCUGCCGAGGCGGCUGGGAAAAGCGGUAGCAACACGGAGGCGGAGAGGGAGUUGAAUCAGGAGAUCUCGCUGCGGCGCGUCGGGCAACCGGAGGAGGUGGCCACGCUGAUUGCGUUCCUGCUGAGCAGCGAUGCGUCGUACAUCAGCGGAGCAUCCAUCGGGGUAGACGGGGGCUGGAACUGCUAG